GGUGCCUUAAUUUAUUUGUGGGUCAACCUACGACUCGCGAAAGAUCGAAAUGAAGUUCGGCCGAAAUGGCGACGCUGACCGACUGGACUGCAAAUAAUUCAAGUAAAAUUUCUACUACUAGCUAAGGCCUCAUUAUAUUAUCUGGUAGUCUAGUACGAAUUUAACAUUUAAUUUUUUUAGUGAAUUUCUUCAGUGAAGCACGAACGAGAUGGCACCCACCAAGAAGUUAGAGAGAUCAAUGUCAAUGUCUCGUGUCCAGAAGACCCUGCCAGGGUUUGAUAUUCCCCUGGGAGGUGAGAUGGACAAAGGGGCUACAGCCUCUGAGCAAAAUAUGUGGCUUUUCGAGAUUGCCUGGGAAGUAGUAAACAAAGUCGGAGGAAUUUAUACCGUAAUAAGAUCAAAGGCAGGUGUCACUGUUGAUGAGAUGGGGGAUCAAUAUUUUCUACUCGGACCUUGUAAUGAAAAUUGUAUUAAAACUGAAGUAGAAGUUAUUGAGCCAGAACAUCCAAUUAUCAAGAGAGCAGUUGAAAUGAUGAGAAAGAAUGGGGUGAAAGUUGUGUGUGGCCGUUGGCUGAUAGACGGCUACCCGAAUGUCAUUCUCUUUGAUAUUGGCUCAGCUGCUUGGAUGCUAGACCAGUGGAAAAAGGAUCUCUGGGAAUUGGCACACAUUGGUAUUCCAUGGCAUGACAAGGAAUCAAAUGAUGCUGUUAUUUUCGGAAAUCUAGUGCAGUGGUUUAUUGGAGAGUUCCGUGCAGGUUUUGAUUCUGAUGAUAAACCACUGAUCAUGACUCAAUUCCAUGAGUGGCUGUCAGGGAUAGGACUGAUGCUGUGCAGAUUGCGCAAGGUUGAUUGUUGCACUAUCUUCACAACGCAUGCCACAUUGCUAGGAAGAUACCUAUGUGCUGGCAAUGUAGAUUUUUAUAAUAAUCUGGGCAAGUUUGACAUUGACAAGGAAGCUGGGCAGCGUGGGAUUUACCAUCGCUAUUGUAUGGAGAGGGCAGCAGUGCAUAUGGCCCAUGUAUUCAGUACGGUCUCUGAGAUACUUGCUAUAGAAAGUGAGGCUCUACUAAAAAGGAAACCAGAUGUUGUGGUACCUAAUGGUUUGAAUGUAGUGAAGUUCCAAGCCAUGCAUGAAUUCCAAAAUCUUCACGCAAAGGCCAAAGAAAAAAUCAAUGACUUCGUCAGAGGGCACUUUCAUGGACAUCUGAACUUUAAUCUUGAUAAAACAUUGUAUUUCUUCAUUGCUGGCCGCUAUGAAUUCUCCAACAAAGGUGCUGAUCUAUUUUUAGAAUCGCUAGCGAGACUCAACUAUUAUAUGAAGAAUUCAGGGUCUGAGAUGACAGUAGUAGCUUUCUUGAUCUUCCCUGCUCGCACGAACAGCUUUAACGUAGAGUCACUCCGAGGCCAGGCUAUCAGUAAACAGAUGAAAGAAGCGGUUUCUGACAUUCAAGAGAAAAUCGGAAAGAGAGUGUUUGAACAUGCUCUUAGAGGAGAGACACCAACAGGAGAUGAUCUGCUUAGCCCAAGUGAUAUUGUACAAUUGAAACGUUGCAUCUACAGUGCUCAGACGCCGAACCUUCCACCCGUCUGUACCCACAAUGUCAUUGAUGACUACAAGGAUCCAGUUCUGUCUCAUAUCAGAAGAAUCAAACUCUUCAACGCUCCAGAUGAUAGAGUCAAAGUCAUUUUUCAUCCAGAAUUCCUUUCAUCUACUAAUCCGUUAUUUGCUUGUGAUUAUUCCGAGUUUGUUCGAGGUUGCCAUCUUGGUGUCUUCCCCUCAUAUUAUGAACCUUGGGGUUAUACACCAGCGGAGUGUACUGUGAUGGGGAUUCCAAGCGUCACCAGUAAUUUGUCUGGUUUCGGGUGCUUCAUGGCGCAGCAGAUUGCAGACCCCACGUCUUAUGGUAUCUAUAUCAUUGACAGACGAACAAAGAGUCCAGAAGAAUCGGUCCAACAGUUGGCAUCGUACAUGUUUGAUUUUACACGGUUGACAAGAAGACAGCGUAUCCUUCAACGUAAUCGUACUGAACGUCUGAGUGAUCUACUAGACUGGAAAAAUCUUGGAGUUUAUUACCGGCAGUCAAGACAGCUGGUACUAAACAAAGUCUACCCAGAGCUGUUUGAUGUUGAUGAUAGUGAUGGUCCACCGUCAUUCCGGUUCCCUCGAGCAGCUUCAGCACCGCCAUCACCAAACAGCUCUCGUGCAUCAACACCUAUUCCUUCACCACCUGAGUCUGACGAUGAAAACUAAUUAGCAGCUCUUAAUUAUGAAUCCCACCAAUGAUGUAGCAUAUAUUUGAGAGUGUGAAUUAUAUUAAUAACAAGGUUAACAGGGUUUACAAUGCCAUGAGCAAAGUAAGAUGUCCAUUUUACGUACCCCUUGGUACCAAGGGGAGUUUGUAAAUUGAAAAAAUUUGUAAGCUAAAUCAGGAGUCUUUCCAGUACCUAGGCCUAGCUGUCCCCUGCCAUUGAGCGCCAAUAGGUUGACGGUGGCUAGGCCUAGCAGCGUGGGAAUACCACGCAAGGGCCUAGCUGAAUUUACCUUCAAUAAAAACCAAAUUAUUUUAAUCUCUGGCAUUUUUCCACUAUUAUUUUUAAUCUUAUUCAAACAUCUGUAUGUUUUAUGGACCGUUCUAUCGUGUUCAUUCUAGUUGUUAGUCGUUGAACUUUGUUGUUUACAUGUGCAUUUCCCAAUUAUAUCUAGCAUUAACGAUGUCAAUAAGUUGCUGACCCCAACACUCUCAUUUGUUAUCGUAAACAUGUGCGCUCAAUCCGACAACACUUGCGUUGGUAGUUCGUUGUUCUGGUUAGGUUUAUUACAUUAAUAUAGUGAUUAUUAUACAAGCAAUGGAAGAAAAGAUUGAAAUGUUAAUAAAUAAAUACAACAAACUUGAUUUUAUUAAGAGAAAUAUACAUUAUCCCUUUGUAAAAUGUGCGCAAUCAUACUUUUUUUACGGUAAUAAUUGGUCGAUGAUGACGUUAUCAGCGGCAAAUACUAUUUGAAAAAUUUAUGUUCAUAAAAUGGAUGUUUUACUGUAAUUUGAUGUACAUGCUUGGAUUUGCUACUUAAAUGAUGUGUCAAAGAGUGGCAAGCUAUUGUAUACACACUGUGAUAACCAUUUUAAAACUAAUUUUUAAAUUCUAAAUUAUUUCCUUAACAGUGAUACAACAAAAAUGUUAUAGAACUAAAUGUUUGAUCAAAAUAAUGGACAUUUUUAAAAUUAUAAUUGUUUCCUUAGAUGGAGGUAUUAACAGUUUUAGAAUUUGAAUAGAAAACCAUUUAAUAUAAAUUUGGUUUUCCAAAUGAAUUUGAGAGAAAAAUGGAUUGAUAACCAAUGCUGUGAAAUUUAUUGUGCAAGGUUUGUGGAAAAAAUCCUAAACAUCUAAAAGAAUCUGAAUUAAUUCGUCAUUAAUUUGAUAUCUUCUUUAAUCCCAUGGUGUAUUUCCUAGAGAUUUUGAUUUGUGUGAUUCUUCUUCCACAUCUAGUUUGUCAGCAUUAUAUCAUUUAAUUUGUCUUAAUUUUAUAGUUUUUAAUAUACCUUUAUUUACUAUUAAAUUUUUUUAUUCGUACUUCAAAUACCUAUAACUUCCAAAAAAUAGACAAAUAAUACAUUUAUUAAUCAUAGCUUUUAAUAUGUGCAGGUUAUAAAAUGCAAUCUAUGAACAUUAAGAGAAUAUAUGAAUAAAUCACUAUAUUGUACUUGAUUGUGAAUGUUUCUUAAUAUAGAGUUGAUUUACGUAUGUUAUUGUAUACCUGCACCACCCGGUCCUACAAAUGAAUUAUGCAAAAUGCAUCAUAAACAAUGGUGGGCCAGAGUAGGGACUUUCAGAGAUAGAUCGCCCACUCACUCACUUUAGCCCCUCCCAGUGGCGUAUCUAGAAGUCUUGAAAUUGGGGUGCGUGAAGCUGAAGUGAGGGGCUCGAUGAUCAGUUAGGGGCGCCAACUUGCAAAAUAAGGUGAUUUUUUUUGGGGGGGGUGUGACUGGGGAUUGCGCACCCCCUAGAUACACCACUGGCCCCUCCUAGCUAUAAUCUUGCCUAUUUACAAUGGGAAAAUAACAUUGAUUUUUUUGCACCGAGAGGGUGGUGCUGGAGGAGCCAGUGCUCCAGGCCUGUGUAAUACCAGAUAUUGUUUCUUGAAAAUUUAUUGGAAUAUCAGUGGCAGAUCCAGGAAUGUGAAAUAGAUUGGGCUAAAGGAGGGACUUUCAUAGAUAGAGGGUCUAUACCACCUCAGCCCCAGCCAUGGUGAUGGUGGGCUGGGGCUGAGGUAAGAAAAAUAUUAUAACGGCAAUAAGAAAAAAACAGAGCUACUAUUUUUACUUACUUGUGUUCAGAUAAUAUCUAUCUAUCUUGUUUUGUAAAAUUUUGGUUUAAAUGUUUUGGUCCCAAUAUGUAGGUUUGUAUAAUCAUAUGAAACCCAAGUGGACAUAAAAAAAAAAUCAAUCAAUAUUUAUUUUUUUCAAUGCUUUUUUUAUUUAUUCAUUAAUUAAUACCACCACCAUGGAAGACUAAAGAAAGCUUAAUUAUAACUUGGAUGGUGGAAUUAAUAUGGCAAAUAUUUAGCUCUAUGGCACAUAAUUCUUAUCUUAAACAAAUUUAUUGCUUAUGAGAUGCUUUAAGCUAUCACUAAUGUAAUGAAAUGUUAAUAAAUUUCUGUUUAUAAAAAAAAAAAAAAAAAAA